AUGAAGUCGUCCGUCGUCGUCAGCCUCUUCGCCUCCGGUGCGGCUGCCCAGGUCGGCCCCUGGGGCCAGUGUGGCGGCAUCAACUGGACGGGUGGGACGACGUGUGUUUCGGGCUACCACUGCGUCUACCAGAACGACUGGUACAGCCAGUGCCUGCCCGGUGCCGACUCGACGACCCUGAAGACGUCGACCACCUCCACGAAGCCCACGUCGACUUCCACCGCCCCGGCCACGACGACUUCUGCCGCCGCCAAGGGCAAGCUCAAGUGGCUCGGUAUCAACCAGUCGUGCGCCGAGUUUGGACAAGGCACGUACCCCGGCACUUGGGGCAAGGACUUCACCUUCCCGUCCACCUCGUCGAUCCAGACGCACAUCAACGAUGGCUACAACAUCUUCCGCGUGGCCUUCGCCAUGGAACGGCUGGUGCCCAAUUCCCUGACGGGGUCGCCUGACGCGGGCUACCUCAAGAACCUGACCGACACGGUCAACUUCAUCACCAACGCGGGCGCGUACGCCAUCCUCGACCCGCACAACUUCGGCCGGUACUACGGCAACAUCAUCACGGACACGACCGCCUUCGGCGCGUUCUGGACGACCGUCGCCAAGCAGUUCGCGUCCAACUCGCGCGUCAUCUUCGACACCAACAACGAGUACCACGACAUGGACCAGACACUCGUGCUGAACCUCAACCAGGCCGCCAUCAAUGCCAUCCGCGGCGCGGGCGCCACGUCGCAGUACAUCUUCGCCGAGGGCAACUCGUACACGGGCGCGUGGACGUGGAACACGACCAACACGAACCUGGCGGCGCUCUCGGACCCGCAGAACAAGCUGGUCUACGAGAUGCACCAGUACCUCGACAGCGACGGCUCCGGCACCAGCGCCACCUGCGUCAGCAGCGACAUCGGCGUGCAGCGCAUCGUCGGCGCCACCAGCUGGCUGCGCGCCAACGGCAAGAUCGGCAUCCUCGGCGAGUACGCCGGCGGCGCGAACUCCGUCUGCCAGACCGCCGUCACCGGCCUGCUCGACCACCUCCAGGCCAACAGCGACGUGUGGGCCGGCGCUCUCUGGUGGGCCGGCGGCCCCUGGUGGGGUAACUACAUCUUUUCGUUUGAGCCUCCCUCGGGCACUGCCUACACCUACUACAACUCGCUGCUGAAGCAGUACACUCCCUGAGGGGCAUCGCGAGGACGCCGGUUCAAGCAGCGUCCAUGCCCUCCAAGGGCGAAGAAAGCAGGCCACGCCUUCGUGGUGCCGCGGGAGUAGGACUGAUUCGUUGUAUAUAUUCCAAGUUUGUCCUCGAGCUCUGCAGCUCUCACUUCAAGUACAUAUGUUGCCCUUGAC